AUGGUUGAUCAAAUUGAAAUCGAUAGUGAUAAUGAAUUAGUAACUAAUUUUUUAAGUGAAGAUAAAUUUGUAGAAAAAUUCGAUAAGGAUAACUUUGACAGAAAUAAAUUUACAGAAAGUUAUUUAGGCAGGAAUAACUUUAUAGAGGAUAAUUGUCUAAACGAACUAGCAGAAAAUUAUUUUAAUAAGGACAAAUUAGUUGAGAAUUAUUAUGAGAAUGAAUCAGUUAGAGAUUAUUCUAAUACAAAUGAAUUGACUAGUAAUGAUGAUUGGCUAAAGAAUGAUAAAGAUGAGACAGAUAACCUUUAUAUUGGUAAACGAUUUGUAUCAUGGCAAGAAGUUAUAAUAUUCCUUAAUUAUUAUUGCAAGCAAAAAGGGUUUGGGUAUAGAAAGGGAUGCUCAAAAAAAAGUGAAAGAUUAGAGGACGCUAAAAAAAGAACCUUUUUAUGCAAACAUGCAGAGACAUAUAAACCAAAUAAAUCUGCAGGGCUUGAUCAACAGCGAAAUAAAACUUCAUGCAAAGUUGGUUGUACAUGGCAUAUUAAUAUUGUCAAAAAAGGUGAUAAAAUUUAUGAGGUAACAACAUUCGUCGAUAAACAUAGAGGGCACAGUCCAGACCCGCAAAAUGCACAUUUUUUAACUCAAUUUCGAAAGUUAAGUGAGGAAAUGUUAGAAGAUAUUCGUUUUUGGACACUUGAAGGCAGCCUUAAUGCAACAAAACAAUACCGGAUGCUUGUAAGCAAAUAUCAAUGUCGUGUCGUCAAGCAAGAUCUAUAUAAUGCAAUUCAUAUAAUUCAGUAUAAAAAAGGGCCUGCAAAAAAUGAUACAUUCAAUGUUCUUAAUUUUUUGUUAGAAAAGAAGGCUGAUAACUCAGAAUGGUAUGAAUAUGUAAAAUUAAUUGAGGAUUACCCUGCUGCAGCAAGCUAUCUUAAACAUUUAUAUAAAAGCAAAAAGUCAUGGACAAGAUGUUAUACGAGUUCGUGUUUCACAGCUGGAAUGCAAUCUACAAGCCGUGUUGAGAGUGUUAAUGGAAUAAUUAAAAAAGAUUUAGAUGAAACAAUGCCUAUUAUCACACCACCUAAUAUAUAUAAUACAAUCUUUCAUGAGGUUGAUAGUGAACUUCAUAAUUGUGUGACUCUUGCAAUAACUGAAAAAAUUCAAGAACAAAUGAAUUAUAUUGAUCAUAAUAAGAAAGAUAUUGAGUUCUCGUGUGAAACAGCUUGUAUUGAUGAAGUUUUUGAUUUACCUCAAACCUCAGCAAACACCAUUCUCAAUGAUUUUCAUGAUCAGUUAGCUUCGAUAUGGGAAGUACAACAUAUGACAUAUGUGGCACCUCCUCAAUUUGUUUUUCUCUUAAAAACUGGCAAUUAUAAAUAUACAUACAAAUUAGAGACUAUUUCAGGCUGGGUCUGUAAACACUUUCUUCGUGUCAUUUGUACAUCACCAGAAGCUGGAUUUCACAUUAAUAUGAUUAAUCGUCAUUGGCUCAAUAACAAUGUAUAUGGUAGUGACUUAAAUAACAAAAACUUUAUUAGAUUAGUGAAUGAAGAUACAAAUAGUUCUACAACUCAACUUUCAAUAAAAUGGAUCUCUACUGAGAAUAGCAAAGUAAUUGGAUUAUCAAGACAAGAGCAAGAUAAGAAGCUAAUAACAAUGCUUGAAAAUUUCCAUGAAAAAGAAAUAAAACCAAAUCUAGAUCUUAAUAAUACGACACACACAUUUAAUAAUCUUAAUAAAUUGAGCAUUACCAAUUCAAAUGAAAAAAAUCAUCUAGAAUCAGAAAAUAAAAAUAAACUAUUCAACUCUUUAAAUGAGCUUGACGAUACUCGAAAGAGAAAAGAUCUAGUUGAAGUUGAAAACCCCAUUCUAAAACGCUGA